AUGUCAGAUAGUAAACUUACUUCAGAACAAAGACAAAGAGAGCAACACAAAAGAGCUCUAGAAAUAUUUUUUAGAGCCGGGAAUGAAUGUUUAGAACAUUUACUUUUACUUAAUAAACUUGAAACGAACUCUCAAACAUAUUUUAAAUAUAAAAAACGCGAAGCACGUAAGAAUGAAGGAUCAGUUGGAGCCGUCAGAAGAAAUUCUGACAAGAAGUAA